AUGGAAAAGUCCAUCUUCACAGGGCGUACCGGGCAUUGCUCGCAGGGCUGCCAAGUGCAGGCAGGGCAGCUCACAUUUCCAAUUGUCCAGGUCCAAGGUAGCUCCUCACCCUGUGCAAAGUGUUCCAGCGUCCUGGGGUCCGCCAAAAAAGAAGUGGGGACCAAGGGUCCAACCGGUACCGUUUGUCGUUUGCUUGCCGCUUCCCUGCCCGUCCCAUCGCUCCCUCCCUUCCCUGCCCGCUGGAAUUCAACACUUCAACAAUAA